AUGGAAAUGGAGUUGAAUGUGAACACUCACUUUUUUCAUUUGAAUUUGAAAAUGGAAAUGCAUUUGAAAAUUGAAAGUGAGUUGACAACACCUUUGUUUUUUGAAUUUUGGGUUGUUAUGAUGGAUUGGGAUUCAGAACACGAAGGUAACACAUACCCAUUUUUUGGUUUACGCGAGCCUUUCUCUGGUCUUAAUGAGAUGGAUUUUGAGCUUCAUGGCAUCUACAUGGAUCAUGAACCAAACGAAGAGUUUAUUACUCCAUUGGACAAGUGUAAGGAUGCAUUUCUUAAUGUGUUACUAACUGAUGAAAAUAUUAGAAACUCUAGUUUGACUAAUGAUGAAAGAGCACAAGUGUAUCAUCGUGGUGACUUGCAAAGUGAUGAAGAUGAAGAAGAGCAAGAACAUGUGAUAAACAAGUACAUAUUACAUGAUCCAAAAACAAGAUGGGACAAAAUGGAACCAAAACUUGGUGACAUUUUUGAGAAUGUUACACAACUGAAGUUUUGUAUCCAAAACUACGCAGUCCACAAUGGGUAUCAACUCUACUUUGAGAAGUGUGACAGUACAAGAAUACUUGUAAGAUGUGGGAAAAGAAAUGAGGAUAAUUGUUGCCCUUUUAGACUAUAUGCCUCAUGGAUGUUUAAUGAAAGAUCUAUUCAAAUCAAGACUUUAGAAGCUACUCAUGUUUGUGGUAGGAAGUUCAAACUUGGCUCUAUGGUUACUCCUGAAUGGAUAGGUAGACACUACAUAACUGAAAUUGAAAAUAAACCUAAGGUGAAGCUUAAAGAGAUAAUUACUGAGAUCAGACAAAGGUUUAGGUGUGCUGUGUCUAUAGGCCAAUGUCGUAGGGCAAAGAAAUGGGCCAAGGAGCUAAUUGAAGGUAAAUUGACUGAACAUUAUGCCAGAAUGUGGGAUUAUGCACAAGAGUUGUUAAGAUCCAAUCCAGGUUCUACAUGUAAGGUGUGUGUAACUGUCAAUCCAGAUGGGAUAAACUAUUUUCAUAGGUUUUAUAUUGGUUUCAAAGCUAUAUGUGAAGGCUGGAAAAGAGGGUGUAGAAGAGUUAUUGGUUUAGAUGGGUGCUUUCUGAAGGGAGCAGUAAAGGGUGAGUUGUUGACAUCCAUAGGUAGAGAUGCCAAUAAUCAGGUCUACCCAAUUGCUUGGGCUGUUGUCGAUGUUGAGAAUAAGACUAACUGGACAUGGUUCCUUGAGCUUCUAAGGGGUGAUUUAGAUCUUGAUAUUGGAAGAGGUUUGGUAGUGAUAUCAGAUCAACACAAAGGUCUGCUUGAAUCUGUGAAAGAUAUUAUGCCUCAUGUUGAACACAGGAAUUGUGCUAGGCACAUUUAUGCCAACUUUAGAAAGGCUUUCACAGAGCAACCAGAAACAUGGUGUAGAGCCUAUUUUGGAACAGGUUAUGCAUGUGAAGCAGUUGAGAAUGGGAUCUCAGAGUUUGCUUACAUGAAUGUGGAAAGUGAAAAGUGGAAUUCAAAUGUUUGUCCAAAAAUUUUGAAAAAAAUGAAUAGAUUUGGGAAAAAUAUGAGGUUCUGGGGAAUAAUUCAUAGUCAAGGGCAUGUGUUUGAGGCCAGAAGAGGGUGUGACAGUUAUAGGGUGGACUUAGAUGAUAUGACAUGUUCAUGUAGGCUGUGGGAUUUGGCUGGCAUCCCUUGUGUGCAUGCAAAUGCAACAAUUAAUUUUAUCCAUCAAACACCAGAUGCAUACAUCAAUGCAUACUUCUAUAAAGAGAAAUUUAGGCAAUGUUACUCAACAAACAUUGAACAUGUUAAUGGCAGCAAUCUUUGA